ACAACACUCUUUUUAAACACAUUACAACACACACAAACCAAUUACAUCAUACAUCAUCUUCAAAACAAUGGCGGUUUCAAAGCUCGCAUCGGCUGCUACGAGCGAUAAGAGUUGCAAAAUACUCUUAGGGAUGAGAUUACUUGCCUUCUCAGCCACGUUAUCUGCAGCCAUUGUAAUGGGAUUAAACAAACAAACAAAGACUUUCGUCGUGGGAAAAGUUGGAAACACUCCAAUCAACGCUACUUUCAGUGCUAAGUUCGACCACACACCAGCUUUUGUGUUUUUUGUUGUAGCUAAUGCAAUGGUGAGCUUCCACAACUUGUUGAUGAUUGCUCUUCAGAUAUUUGGAGGGAAAAUGGAAUUGGCUGGAUCUCGUCUUCUCUCUGUCGCAAUUCUUGACAUGCUGAACGUGACUCUAAUCUCGGCGGCAGCAAACGCGGCGGCUUUCAUGGCGGAGGUAGGGAAGAAUGGGAAUAAACACGCGAGAUGGGAGAAGAUUUGUGACAGAUUCGCCACUUACUGCGAUCACGGUGCCGGAGCAUUAAUGGCCGCCUUCGCCGGUGUAAUCCUUAUGCUCAUCAUCUCCGCCGCGUCAAUCUGUCGUCUCGUCCAAUCUAAUAAAUACUGCUCCACCACCGCAUCUCCCUCAGUCGUCCCCUGAAAACAUACACACGUGUUUCGUUCGUUCCCCUGUUUUUCUUCUUCUUUCUCUUACUUCUUUGUUUCUUGAUGAGUGUUGUUUUGUGUGUAUCUCAAUUCUCAAGUGAUCUAUCACAUUGUGUAAGCGUUUGCCUUGGCUCUUCUUAGUAAAACUUUCUUCUUUUGUGUUUA